AGUGAAGGAUAUUUAGGUCCUUCACAUUAUCUUUCUCUCUGGUGCCUUUCCCCUCGGACCAUAUGCAUAUAUAUAACUGUAUGUGAUGGCGCAGAGAGUGUUGUAUGCAAGAAUUCCUGAGGGGGGUUGAGUUGUGAGGAAAGAAGAGCAGAGAGUAAGAAUGGGAGUUGACAGGAAGAGAGGUUUUUGUGUAGCAUUCCUCGUUAUGAUACUCCUCAACAUAAAUUGUUGUGGAGCAGCUUCCCUGAAGGUCAACAGCACCACCUCCUGGUGCAAUGGCUCCGUCGAUGAAUGCCUCACGAUGGACCUUGAUUUCGACCUCUUCAUGGGCUCGGAAAUCAGCAGAAUGCUUGCGCCUAUCUCUUUUGUAACUCCGGGCUCUGAAAAUCCUGAUAGUCCAUCUGUGUCUGGUCCUAAGGGUACUGCCUAUGCUGACAACCUCCCUCCACCAUCACCUGCGCCGAAAUGUGAUCCACACCAAAAUAGAGGUUGCCAAAAAUUUUACCGAACUUAGUAAAACUUUGAAUUGAUUGCGGGUGUUGCCUUUUCCUUUGUGUAGUUGUGCUUGCUCCCUUUUCCCUUUAUGUUUUAUCUCUUUAAUUACUCUUUCUUAGUGAAAUUAAUUCGAGCCCAUUGUCUGUUGAAUGUUGAUCCCAUCCGUAUGUAUCCUUCUAUGUUAUUUAAUGAAGUGGAACGCAGUUGCAGUUA